UGUAGUUAUUUCUCUAUUUAUUUGUUAUUUAUUUAAUUUAUUCUGUUGAUAUUGCAGAACCAGAUUAUUAUUUUUUUUUUGUGCAAGAGCUCUCUCGUCAAUUUCAUCUCGCAAAUGUCCUUGUGUGCACACAUCUCCCUGUUCUCCUGCUCCCUUCUGGGCCUCCUAUCUCUCUCUAUAUCAUCAUAUAUUCCUGACUCCAACCCACUCCUGCUCUUCAAUGAUCAAGUCAGAGAAAGACAUCUCUACACAGAUAAUCAAAGAAAAGAACUGUUUCUGGAGAUGACACCAGAUGGAAAAGUGACAGGAAGCCCUGCUCAGACCUCUCACAGUGUGUUGGAGAUGAGGUCAGUUCGAGAAGGUGAGACAGUUAUCAAGGGUGUGUCCUCAUCCCUUUUCCUCUGUGUGGACAGCAUUGGCCAGUUGAGGGGACAGAGCCACUACACAGAGACUGACUGCACCUUCAGAGAGCUGCUGCUAGCUGAUGGAUACUCUCGUUUCUUCUCUUCACAUCACAAACUUUAUGUGUCCCUCACCUCAAAAGGCUCCACACCGCAACAUGGGCUCCCGUUCCAUCGGUUCCUACCCCUGAGAAACAUUUUGGUAUCUAGAAGUAUGACGAAUAUAGCUGAAAAUCAACAACAGAAUCAGCAACAGCUUGACCUGGACUCAGAUAACCCUUUCGGCAGGGGUCUCACUGGUGUUGUCAGUCCACAGUUCUCCAGGGAUAAGUGAAGUUGAAAAUUGAGUUUGUUGAUGGAAGUAUACAAUGAACCGAGUAUAUUUAUUUACAGGUAUACUGGAUUGUAUAACCAUGUUAAUUCCUAAAGUGAUUUUUUUUCACUUGUAGUAGAAACACUGUUACUUUUAUUGGCCCGUGGCAAAUGUUUUGGUUCGAAGAGUUCAGUAAGUAGAUGGUGAACUUUAGUUCCAUAAUUCUAUGAUGGGACUGACUGGUGUGUAUAUGGUCUCACUUUGAAUGUCAUGUUGAAUAUGUUAUAUGCAGUAUAUUUCUCUCUUGUGUUUUGAAUUCAAGUUUGAAUCAUUGUACUGUAGCUAUAAUUUAUUUCCGUUAUUUAUAUUUUUAAACCUUUUAAAGCCUAAAUGCAACCUAGUCUCAGAUCAUUUCGCAUUAAUCUGUAUGUAAAUCCAAGACACACUUUUUAUUAUGAUCUGUUACAUUUCGUAUGAAUGUAGUACUUUGUGGAGGUCCAGCAUCCAUUUCGUAUUAUAUGUUACAAAUUACAAUUUGUAUGAUAUGAUAC